AUGUACAUCGAUUAUACGGCAAUGCAGCCAUAUUUCGUGCGCUGCUGGCUCGUGUCAGAUGCUCCAAAUAUGAGUUCAGCUUUAUUUCUACGCUUGGGCAACACCACGGUGACUCGCCGACUUAAAGUUCCAUGGGUCGCUUACUCUCCAAGGGUUCUGCUUAGACAGCCCCUUGAUCACAGGUGGUUAUGUGGUACCAGAAAUUUUGCGGAGAAACGGGGCACUAUCGCUCCACAAAAUAAAGAACAGACGGGUCUACAACGAUCAGUUCUUGAAGAAGUUGCAGAGAAGGCGUCCAAUACCUUUUUAUAUACUGCAGUUGCGGCCGCGAUUGGCAUGUUAGGCGUGUUUGUCUACCUCUUGGCUGGUGAAUUUUUCGCAGAAGAUAGUCCUCAAAAGAUAUACAGCAGUGCACUCUCCUUGGUGAGAGAAGAUGGCCGGUGCCACGAUCUUUUCGGACCUACCAUAGCUGGUUUUGGAGAAGAGACUUCACGCGGUCGUCGACGUCAUGGCGAACGCGAUGAGGGUAUUGCUCAAGCGGAGAUGGAGCAACGCGAUGGUGAAUGGCAGUGGCGAUUUCUUUAUGUAGAAACAAAAAGGAGGCCUAAAACUACUCAUAUGGAAGAUGACGGGUUUGAAUUAGUUAGACGCAAAAGGCGGCAUGCGCGAUUGAAGAAAACUGCUCUUGCAUCAGUUAGCAGGAUAGAAGGCACCGUAGACGACAUUCAGGCGGCAAUGGAGAAAACCAAUUCACAAGUUGAAGAUAGUGGUCUCAGGGCGAACGCGACGAGGGUAUUGCUCAAGCGGAGAUGGAGCAACGCGAUGCUCUUGGGAUCAUUAACAAGAUCCGCCGGUUCCUUGGUGACCGACGCAUUUCGUGUGUGUACUUAA